AUCAUUCUUAGCGUUCGCGUCGAACGAUAUUGUAUUGGAAUUUUGAAUUCUCCGGCACUAUAGAAUUUCGGUAAAAUGAAUUUUGUACGUAUUUUGAGCUUCGUCUUCGCGUUGGUGCUGGCUCUCGGCGCGGUCAGCGCUGCUCCCGAGCCCAGGUGGAAGCUCUUCAAGAAAAUUGAGAAAGUGGGACGCAACGUUCGCGAUGGAUUAAUCAAAGCGGGUCCAGCUAUAGCCGUCAUAGGGCAAGCAAAAUCAUUAGGAAAGUAGACUUUAUCGUUAAACUCCAAAGACGCAUUUAGCUUGAAGCAUGAUUGUAAAUAAUUAUGAAUCUCUAGUUUAAGCGAAUUUAGAUCUUAUUGAAACUGCAUAAGGCAUUUCUAUAUGUACUCGAUUACAUUAUGCAAUUCCUCGAUUAUAUUAGUAAUUAUUAUAAGAAUACCACAGUCAUUGCCUUCAUCAGAGUGAUCAAGUACACAUGUGCAGAAAUAUAUUUUAAACUAGCAAUGUAAUGUAAUUUAAGAAUAUUGUGGUAGUAAAUUAUAAAUCUCAAACAAAUAAAUCAUAUAUUUUUAUAAAGUUCAUCUUUUAAUUUGACAUUAUAUGUUUUAUUCGAAUGGAUGUUUAAGAAAUUCAGAUUUUCGUUUUUUUUUUUUUGCGUAUACCUGUACCUAAUCUUCAGUUUAGGUUACUUAACGAAGCCCGUUUUCAUCACAAUGUGAAUGCCAUCUUUGGUCAUGACGUCAUGAGACUCGAAGUUUUAUCUCAAUGGUACUAAUUACGUAAAUUAAAUGGUUUGAUUUAUA